AUGCCACCCUCUGAUAAUAAGAAACGCUCUGAACGACAGGCUCUUGGAAAUUACAUUGAUAGACACGGCGACAAAAUGGCUCCUUGUACGCGCUGUGAAAAAUUCCUUGAUUUGGCUGGUCGUCCUCGCCGUUGCGUCGCAAUACAGGGCGACCAGUAUUCCCGUUGUUCAGCCUGCGCUCGUCAAGGAAAAUCCUGUGACUAUCGCGAGCGGAAUCGAAUGCCUUCACUUUCAGACUGGGCCUCCAUCGAGAAACAGAAGGCCCACCUCGACUCCCAAGAAGAAGAGGCUAUGGCGAAGAUCCUUCGGCUCAGACAGCAGAAGCGUCUGCUCCUGGAGCGAGAGAAGAAGAUGAUAGCAGCAGGUCUUAACUCGCUCGACGAGUUGGAUGCUGCUGAGGAACUGGAAAAGAAAGAGAAGGAGAAAGAGGAGGAGAAGGAAAGGAUAGAGGAGGAGGCUGCCAGGCUGGCGGCCCUUCCUACACCCUUCGGUUCCGACCCCGCCCUUGACCUGGGUCUCGACCCGGCUUCCUUCGAGGCUUUCCCUCCUGGGUCGGAGAUGUGGGCAACCCUGGGUUACGACGGUGGAACUCCUGAAGUUCCGUCGAGUACUGGUUGA